GAAUCUUGGGAAACCAAAAUGAGGCAUAAUCAGCUGUGUUGUGAGACACCACCUACUGUCACUGUUCAUGUAAAAUCAGGGUCAAAUAGAUCACAUCAGCCUAAAAAACCCGUUAAUCUGAAGCGUGCUGUUUUUGAAGAUAGUUGGCCAGCAUCUGAAAAAAAUGCACAUAAUAGCAAAAAAUCUAAACGCCCCAAAGGACCCUGUCUAGUUAUACAGCGUCAGGAAAUGACUGCUUUCUUUAAAUUAUUUGAUGACGAUUUAAUUCAAGAUUUCUUGUGGAUGGACUGCUGCUGUAAAAUUGCAGACAAGUAUCUUUUGGCUAUGACCUUUGUUUAUUUCAAGAGGGCUAAAUUUACUAUAAAUGAGCAUACCAGGAUAAAUUUCUUUAUUGCUCUGUAUCUGGCUAAUACAGUUGAAGAAGAUGAAGAAGAAUCCAAAUAUGAAAUUUUUCCAUGGGCUUUAGGGAAAAACUGGAGAAAAUUGUUCCCUAAUUUCUUAAAGUUAAGGGACCAGCUCUGGGAUAGAAUUGACUAUAGAGCUAUUGUAAGCAGGCGAUGUUGUGAGGAGGUUAUGGCCAUUGCUCCAACCCAUUAUAUAUGGCAACGAGAACGCUCUGUGCAUCACAGUGGAGCUGUUAGAAACUACAACAGAGAUGAAAUUCAACUGCCCCGGGGACCUAGUGCCACACCAGUGGAUUGUUCACUCUGUGGUAAAAAAGGAAGAUAUGUUAGACUGGGAUUGUCUUCAUCAUCUUCAUCCAGUGAUACAGUAGAGGUGAUAGAGAAACAUUCUCAGGAAUCACACAAUUCAUUCUCAAUGGACAUAACAGUUGAUCCUUCUCAGGCUUAUAGCUAUUCUCAAGCCAAUGACCAUCAAUCAAACAAAGACAAGAAAACUAAUUUCAUGGAGAAAGACAAAUCUAUGGAGUGGUUUACAGGAAGUGAAGAAUGA